CUUUCCAUUUCUCCCCAUCUAUCCAUCCAUCUCUCUCCUCUCCUCUCCCCUCUCCUACAAUCCUCCAUCACAAUGGCUUCUCGUGGUCUUCCCCGUGCCCUCCGUGUGGCCCGUGUCGCCGCUCCUCGCUCCGUCGUCACCGCCGCCCUUCCCCGUCCGGCUCUGGCCAAGGCCGCCGCCAAUGCCAUCCCCCGUGUGACGGCCACCCCCGUCACUCCCAUCCGUGGCCUGAAGACCAUGACCUUUGCCGAUUCCAAGGAGGUCGUCUACGAGCGUGCCGAUUGGCCCCGUGAGAAGCUGCAGGAAUACUUCAAGAACGACACCCUCGCCCUGAUUGGCUACGGCUCCCAGGGUCACGGCCAGGGUCUCAACCUGCGCGACCAGGGUCUGAACGUCAUCGUCGGUGUCCGCAAGGAUGGUGCCUCGUGGAAGGAGGCCAUCCAGGACGGCUGGGUCCCCGGCCGCAACCUCUUCGACGUCACCGAGGCCGUCCAGAAGGGUACCAUUGUCAUGAACCUGCUCUCCGACGCCGCCCAGAGUGAGACCUGGCCCACCCUGAAGCCCCUCAUCACCAAGGGCAAGACCCUUUACUUCUCCCACGGCUUCUCGCCCGUCUUCAAGGACCUCACCAAGGUCGACGUCCCCACCGACGUCGACGUCAUCCUCGUCGCCCCCAAGGGCUCCGGCCGCACCGUCCGCUCCCUCUUCCGUGAGGGCCGCGGCAUCAACUCCUCCAUCGCCGUCUACCAGGACGUCACCGGCCAGGCCAAGGAGCGCGCCAUCGCCAUGGGCGUCGCCGUCGGCUCCGGCUACCUGUACGAGACCACCUUCGAGAAGGAGGUCUACUCCGACCUGUACGGAGAGCGCGGCUGCCUGAUGGGCGGCAUCCACGGCAUGUUCCUCGCCCAGUACGAGGUUCUCCGCGAGCGCGGCCACUCCCCCUCCGAGGCCUUCAACGAGACCGUCGAGGAGGCCACCCAGUCCCUGUACCCGCUCAUCGGCGCCAACGGCAUGGACUGGAUGUACGCCGCCUGCUCCACCACCGCCCGCCGCGGCGCCAUCGACUGGUCGUCGCGCUUCCGCGAGAACCUGAAGCCCCUCUUCAACGAGCUGUACGACAGCGUCCGUGACGGUACCGAGACCCAGCGCUCGCUCGACUACAACUCCCAGAAGGACUACCGCGAGAAGUACGAGAAGGAGAUGCAGGACAUCCGUGAUCUCGAGAUCUGGCGUGCCGGUAAGGCCGUGCGCUCGCUGCGUCCCGAGAACCAGAAAUAAAUGAAAA